AUGUGACUACAAGUAAUCGUUCUUCUUGCUUCAGCUAGUGGAAUAAACAUUGCAUGCAAUCCAAACGACUGUCCUCCUAUAUCUGUAAAUUUUAAUCAGAGAGGUGACACUUCAUGUAAUCUAAACUGCAUGACUUCAUACUGCGAUUUUGAUUCACAAGAACUUAAAAAUAGUCCAAACAAUUAUUUAAAUUCAGACUGCACAAAGGCAUGCCUUGCAUCUACUUCUUGAAAAUGCAAAACGGCAAAACUUGGAAAUGGCGUCUGCGAUAAUUCCUGCAAUACCCCAGCAUGUGGUUAUGAUUUUGGUGACUGCGGAUAUUGUGCGCCUUCAUGUAACUUAUAUUUAGGUUUCCAACAGCAAUUAGGAGGAUCUUGUGACCUUGAGUGCAAUACAACAUCCUGCUAUUAUGAUUAUGGAGCCUGUCUAGAUUGUGCUAUUGGGUGUAAUUCUACAGUUUUAGGUGACGGAACUUGUAAUCAAGAAUGCAAUAAUAAAAAAUGUGGCUUUGACAAUGGAGACUGCUUAAACACCUCUUGUGCGCCUAACUGCUUUUUUUGAAUGAUAAAUAAUUCUAUCUGUGAUGAAGCCUGCCACGUCCAGGAAUGCAAUUAUGAUGGAACUGAUUGUGACUGCUCUCCUGGCUGCUUUUCAGAAUUAUUAGAAAAUGAUGAGUGUGAUGAAAUUUGUAAUAAUUCUUUGUGUGAAUGAGAUGGAGGGGAUUGUGGAUAUUGCGCAAGCGGCUGCUUUUUAGAUAUGCUGAUAAAUAAUGUAUGUGAUGCCGCUUGCAACAAUUUUGCUUGUAAAUAUGACUAUUAUGUGUGCAAAUGCAAUGAUGGUUGUCUAGCUGAAGAUUAUGGAAAAUGCAAGCCAGAAUGCCUGACUGUUGAUUGUAUCUAUGAUCAAGUAAGCCCUGAUCCUAGCAAAAGAUGCAAUAAUAAAGAUUUGGUCUUAUACACCCUUUACCAGCAAGCAAUUUAUAAUGAUCCUAGACAUUUACUCCUUAUGAGCGUGAAAAAUAAAAUAAUUUUAUAAAUAAUAUAACAAAUCUCUAAUUAAUUUUAACAAAUUUUAGGAUAAAUUUCAAUUUAAAUUGCAUUUUACAGUGUUUUUAUUUUUUAAUUUUAUGCUAAAUUUUUCAGGGAAAGUUAGUAUAUUUUGAUAACUGCUCAUCAGUCUCAUCUAAUAAAUGCUCACUACAAAUGUCUAUCAACCAAACUAAAUGCUACAGCGAAUGCAAUUUUCUGGAGUGUAACUACGGCCUAUGCAACCUAACUUCUAAUUGCUAUUCCAUGCCUACUGAUGCUUGAAGUUUAUGUCAUAUAUGACGUUCUUCAGGGUGAUAUUUUGAAAAUAAGUCCAAUUCUCUAAUUUCUAAUAUAUAUUUUCUUGGCCAAGUUUUAUCCUAUGAUAGUGAAUAUAAAAAGUCCAAUCUCCCCGACUUUUGAAUUUUUUAUGCCACUUCAACUCAAGCAGGCAUUUCUCCAUCAGGAGAGGGAAGCUAUUUUUUACCAUUUGAAACCCUUGAUUAUGCAUUUUCAUCAAUUCUUAAUUUGCAAGCAGAAGUAAAUGUGCUGAUACUUGCAAACGAUGGAAAUUAUACAUUAACUCAAAAUUGGGAUUGGCAGAGGUAUAAUAUUAAAAAAUUCACUUUGAUGCCGCUUGAAAAAGAUAAAGUAAUAAUAAGAAUUAAUGGGUGGACACAAUUGUCACUGGAGGUGGGUGCAAAUUCAACGUUUAAAAACAUAUAUAAAAAGGAUAUGGCGGAUUUUGGUUCCUAUCUCCGAUAUAUCCAAGAGUAUUGCAGCCUCAAAGAAGGCUGGCACUGAUGAAAAGUACCAAGUGGAGUAGGUAAAAUAGCAAAACUGAGGUGAUCUGCCUAAUUUAAUUCAAAUACAAGCUUUUCCUCAUAGGAGAAUAGAGCUGAGAGUUGCAAAGAGAUCCCAGAAGCAUUAGACGAUAAUUCCUUGGCUAAUCGAGAAUAAUUCCUCGAGAAAUCGACUGGACAAGCACGGCUUCAAGCUUCUUUUUUACCGAAAGGGCAUACUAUAUUGAUAUGGAAGAAAGUAUAUCCUUAUUGGCUGCGAUCAACAGGGUAAAUAAUUUUCUUUUCUUAAUGCAGGCUCUCUCCUCCAUAGAGAACCUUUGCUAUUUAGUGAAAUACUACUGAAAAGCAGGCGGAGAAUUGGUAGGGAAAGAGCUAAGGCUUCGAUACCAUCAAAACAAAUUUCCUACAAGUAUAAACAAAUCUUGACAUUUAAAAACUUGAUUUUUGAUGGAUCUGGGCAAUUUAACAACUGCAAUGAUUCGGUCUAUUGUGAAUAUUGUUCAUAUAGCACCUAUAAUGAAACUGAUGGAUUCUAUUAUAGUGAUAGGAAUCAGCCAAUUUCCCAAAAUUUACCAGUUGAUAUUUGUAGCAAACAAGAUUCUAGUCUCAGUCUCUUUAGCCUUAAUGGUCAAGCAUUUAUAUUGAAAAACGUGGAAAUAAAGAAUUUUCGAUUUAAUUAUGAUUCUAUCAUAGCUGGAAAUGGCAUUUUGAAGCUAUAUAAUGUUAAUUUCGACAAUAUAAGAUUAAGCGGAAAGGAAAAAAGCGCUGUUAUAUAUGCACAAUCCCAAUAUGAUUUCGAAAUCUCUUAUAUUGGAGGCUCUCUAACAAGACUAAACAACGGGUAUGAAUUUGGAGAUUCUCUUGAUUUUUCUGGGUUUCUCUAUGUAGAAACUGAAGCAUCAAUUUUAAUCAAAAACGUAAAAUUCAAAUACAACUUGGUAUAUACUUUGAGAGUAGCUAUAGCCCUCCCUCCACCUCCUGAACUUUUCAUUUUAAAUUAAAUAAUAGCAAGUCCAUCAUUAUGGAUUCGACAUGCCAAAUCGACUGAAAAGUUUUAUAUUAACAGAAACAGUCAGGGGUCAAGCUAUAACUGCUAUUGUGCUAUAUACAAAAAAUCUAAAAUUUCAUUGUCAAGUGGAUCAUUAAUAUAUAUUGAUUUGAUAAAACAAAUUGAAAUAGAAAAUUGUACGUUUAUGUAUAAUUAUUGCGAAAAUGGAUUAUUUUAUAUAAAUCUUGAUAUUUCUGAGUAUACUGCUGAUUAUAAUGAAACUCUUUACUUAAAGACUCUACUUCUGAAUAAUAUAUAUAUUCAUGAUUCACAAUUUACGUCAAAUUAUGGGAAUUUUGGUCUUGUUUAUAUUAGUUUUUUAGGUAUGCUUCUGAAUAUUUAUUUAGACAAUUUGACUUUCGAAUCAAAUGGAGCUGACAAUGGAUCAUUAAUUUACAUUUAUAAUGCACAAAUUUUAGACGAGUAUAAGGCUGAAACUGUUAGAACUAUAGAUAUCUCAUCAACUAAAACAGUUUCGGUUAUUUUAUCACCAAGAUGAUGUAUUGCAAUUUCCUGUGGAUGGCACAGCUUUGGCCUUGAUUUUCCGACUGGAAAAAUUUUUUGGUUCGACCAGACCAUAUGGGCCAAACUAUAAAUUUUCCCAGUGGGAAAAUCAAGGCCAAAAUAGCGCCAUCAUGGGAAAACACUAUAAUAUUUUUAAUAUCUAUUUUAAAAAUAAUUAUGCAACGGGAAUGCUCAACACAAUUAAUUUGGUAUAUUUUUACUUAAUCUCUUCCUUAAAAUUGAUACAAAAUUAGAAUUAUUUAUAUGAAUUUUAUAGAAAUAGUUUGAACUAAUUUGAUGGAUAAAGUGCAAUUUAAUACUGUUUAAAUAGCCAGCACAGUGUAAUAUUACAUUUUUUUAAUCAAUUAUUUAUAAAAAUAAACUCAAUUUAAAUUUUUUAAAACAAUUAAUCCAAUUUAAAUUUGACUAGGAUUUUGUAUUCUAAUCUAAAGAGAGUUAUAUAAUUUGACUAUAGAUUCAAGCGGGUCUCCAAAUAACGAUAAAAAUAUCAAAACCUUACUGCUAGAUUAUUUCAUUGAAAAUCGCCAAAUUGAAGAUUUAUAUAUAAGCAGGCCAAAAAUGCACCCAAAAAUUCUUGAUUGCGAUUUUAUGGUAUCUUUAACAGACUCAUAUAAUUUCAGUAUCUAUAACUUGUCAUUAUCAAAUAAUGUAUGUAGAAACUCAUCUCCAAAUUUUCAGAUCUACAAUUCUGGAAUAAAUGAAAUCACUAAAAUCAGCUGCUUUAACAAUACUGGAAACGGACCAUUACCUAUAUGUUUAUAUAUAGCAGGAAAUUUAGACAGAAACCUGUCAAAUUCAAUUUUUAUUAAAAACACAAAUUAUUUUGUAUCAGGAUAUGGGGCAGUACAGAUAAAAAGCGAAAAUAAUUUUCAUGUUAAGAAUUGCUCGUUUGAGGAAAAUUCAGCUAGUUUAGCACCUGCAAUUUAUGCUAUGUGCCAAAAUAUUUAUAUUUUAAAUUCCACAUUUGAAUCAAAUGAAUCAAAACAAGGCAAUGGAGGGACUUUACAUUUUAUUUCUGCAACUUCAACAAUUAGACGGUCAGUUACUAUUGAAUCAAGCAGCUUCUGAAAUAAUUAUGCAUAUGCAAAUGGAGGGGGAGUGUAUUUAGAAGAAAAAUCUGCAAUAACUGGAGGAAUUGAACUUAAAAUUAUAGGGGCAAGCUUCGUUGGGAAUUCUGCAACAUAUGGUUCAGGUUUAUUUAUUGACCAAUCUGCAGCUUUGUCCCAGGAUUCGAUAAUAUCUUCUUCUAUAUUUCAAGAAAAUUCUUCCAGCAAAUCAGGCGCUAUAUUUUUGCAAUAUUAUAGAGGCAUUAUUUUGAUACAAAACAGUGAAUUUGUAGAAAAUACUUCAGUUUUGUCAGCAGUUUUACAUAUUGAUAUUGCAGAGGAUACAGAAAAUCUUAAUUCAAAAGUAAAAAUUGAGUUUUCUACUUUUAGGGGGAAUAAAGGAAAAUCAAUUAUAUAUGGGGACAAUCAGAACAGAAAUUCAUCAAUUGAAACUAAAAACUGUUUAUUUGAGUAUAAUAAAGGCAUAGUCGUUUAUUUAGAUUUUGACUAUUUUUCUGAAACUGGAUCAAUUUUUCAGUACAAUUCCGCCCCUAUUGCAUCUUGCUUCUAUCUCCAAAACUCAGCCGUACUAUAUGCAAGCUCAAUUUUUUUGAAUAACACAAGUGAGAAAUACGGAGGUGUUAUCUCUAUCACUUUUAAAUCCAUUUUUUACUGUGAUCAUUGCACAUUUACAAAAAAUCAAGCUUUAAAAGCCAAAGGAGGAGUCCUUGUCUCUGAGCAGGAUUCUCAAUUUUCAAUAUCAAAUUCUCAAUUUAUUCAAAAUUCCUGUGGAACUGAUGGCUCAGCUAUUUUUGUAUUUAAUUGCAACUCAACUGCAUCCUCAAUUGCACAUAUAGACUUUCUAAAUAAUCAUGCAUAUGGCUCAGGUUUAAUUUCUCUGAUUAGUUCUCAAAUAUCUAUAUCAUCAAUAAAUAUAUCAAGUAAUUCAGCUGAAAUUCAAACAUCUGGGAUUAAAUUGGCACAUUCUAUUGUAAAUAUAUAUGACUCGGUCUUUGAGAACCAAGCUAGCAUUUCUGGUAAUUUUAUAUAUGCAAUUGCUGGAAGCUAUGGUUUUAUAAAAAAUACAACUUUUUAUAAAGGAAAUUCAUCAGAAAAUGGAGGGGCAAUUUAUUCAAGUUCUAGCACCCUUUUAAUAGAGUCAUCAUCUUUUAGCCAACUUUUUUCUCGAAUAGGAGGUGCAAUUUAUUGUGCCUUUGGCAGCAGUGCAUCAAUAAGUAAUUGUGAUUUUUUUGAAUUAGAAAAUUCAACGGAUCUUGGGAUAAUAAAUGCAAACCAAGCUACUUUGUCAGUCCAAAAUUCUAGAAUUCACCAAUUUUCUGCAACAGCAAUAUACGGAAACCAAUUAAAAAAAUUAGAAAUAGAAAAUUCAGUUUUCAGCAAUGGGUUAGGAUCAAACGGCGGGGCUGUCUGAUGUGAAUCUUGCAGUAAAGUUAGUAUCAGGUCAUCAGUUUUUGAAAAUAACACAGCUGCCACAUAUGGAGGUGCCUUAUAUUUUACCACAACCAGCAGAGUUAAAGCAGUCCAUGAGAUUUCUACAAGUACAUUUAAAAGCAAUACUGCUCAAAAUGGAGGGGCUAUAUAUUCAGAUGAUAUUGAUUUAGACGUUCUCUUGUCAUUAUUUAUACUAAAUAAAGCUAUUUCAAGCCAAGAUUCAGAUAGCAACAUCGAAUUUGGAAAAGGUGGAGGGAUUCUUGUAAGCUGCUCCACAUAUCAGUCAUGCAAAUUGAAUAUCAAAUCUAAUAAUUUUACUGAAAAUACUGCGAAAUACAAUGGUGGCGCUAUUAGUUGGGAUUAUAAACUGCCAAAUUUUGCUAACAACUCGUAUUUAAAUAAUUCUGCUGAGUAUGGGGAUGAAAUUGCAUCUUUUCCUGCUAACUCCCCCCCCCCUCCGUGAGCGAACAAAACCAUUAGAAAAAUCGCCAUUUUUUGACCAAAAACCCACCCUCCGUGAGUGAACAAAAAUUUUUUUAAUAGAAAAAAUUUUAAUGGAAAAAAUUUUGAUAUAUAAGUGAUAAUUAGUAUAAUGAAAUCUAGAGCUAAUUCUGUUUAAUUUUAAACAAAUUGCGUUUUAAAACAUAAAUUUUGCAAAUUAAAUUAAUAUUUGCUUCCCAAUUUUUGCAAAUUAGGAUUUUUUUAAAUUUCGAAAAAAAUAUUUUUUAUAAAAUUUAUAUAUAAAAUUUUUUUUAAAAAAAAAAAUUAACCCCCCUCCGUGAGCGAACAAAAUUUUUUUGUUCGCUCACGGGAGGGGGGGGGGGAGUAAGCUGAUGCGAAUAAAUAUAGAUGGGAUUUUAGAAGGCUAUAAAAAUAAUACAGGAUCAGCUGAUCCUAUCUCUAUAUCAAAUUUAACAGAAAUUGCACCAGGGCAGAACAUCAAAAGUCCAUUGUUAAUCGCUCUAGUUGACCAGUCAAAUAGUAUCAUACAAACUGAUAACUGAAGCACGGCUGAGCUGAUCGCUAUUAAUUCCACAACCCAAAUUUCAGGUAAAAUCAAAGUGACAUCAGUUAAAGGAAUAUUUAAUUUUUCUGAAUUCUCUAUUUCAGAAGAGCCAGGGUCUGAUAUUCAAAUUAUGGUCACUUCUAUAGCAAUAGAUACAGACAAGCUGAAAAACUCAGGAGAAGAUUUUUUUAGUAAAAAUUUGGUUUUUAAUGGAAAUAUAAGGAAAUGCGAAAUCGGAGAAAUAAAAACUGGAAAAAAUUGUGAAAUAUGCCCUGAAGGAUUUUACAGCUUAAACCCAAGCCUAAUGGCAUGUAAUGCUUGUCCAGAGACUGCUAUAUGCUAUGGAAAUUGAACAAUGGUUCCUAGGCCAGGAUAUUGGAGAGACAAUAAGUAUACUUAACUUAUUUGUUCAGUGAUUUAUAAGUUGGAUUCUUCCUUACUCCCCCCCCCCUCCGUGAGCGAACAAAACCAUUAGAAAAAUCGCCAUUUUUUGACCAAAACCCACCCUCCGUGAGUGAACAAAAAUUUUUUUAAUAGAAAAAAUUUUAAUGGAAAAAAAAUUUUGAUAUAUAAGUGAUAAUUAGUAUAAUGAAAUCUAGAGCUAAUUCUGUUUAAUUUUAAACAAAAUUGCGUUUUUAAAACAUAAAUUUUGCAAAUUAAAUUAAUAUUUGCUUCCCAAUUUUUGCAAAUUAGGAUUUUUUUUAAAUUUCGAAAAAAAAUAUUUUUUAUAAAAUUUAUAUAUAAAUUUUUUUUAAAAAAAAAAAUUAACCCCCCUCCGUGAGCGAACAAAAUUGUUUUGUUCGCUCACGGAGGGGGGGGGGGGGAGUUAGGGUGAUUUUAUCAUGCUUGGGUCAGCCCUUUUAACUCCAACUUAUAAAGCCGCGGGCUCUCCUACAAACCAAAAUGGAGGAGGCAAUCGGAAAUUUUUGCAUUACCAAAGCUGGCCAGAUAGCCCUGCACGGGACUCGUUGGCCUCACCCUUAACUUGACUCCAGCACGUGUUCCACCCAAAGUCAGCCUUCUUUGGUAUGCCUAGUUAUUAAAACCCCAUGCUUCCUUAGAAUAUAUAAUAAGUAAUGUUUUGGCAUAAUGGAUAAAGGUUCACUAGAUAAACCAAACCUUCUUAAUAAAGCUAAAAAGGAGGUGGGGAUCUCAGAAGCCAUUUUAUUAUUAUGACAAUCAUUAUACAGAAAAAUUUUGGGAAUGCCCGUAUCCUUCUGCUUGCUUAGGCUCACCUAAUAAAACCCAUAUCUCUUAUACAGGAGAAUGCAGCAAAGGUUAUAAGGGUAAUAAGUGCCAAUCAUGCAAAAAGGGAUACACUCACACAUUUAUAAUAAGUGUAAAAAGUGUCCAAGCUCAGCAAUCAAUAUACUGAUAUUAUAUCUAAGGUCUGUUUUUAGCUUGCCUUGGGUUAAAACUGCUGCAUACAUUGGCAUGAGAUAUCUCACUCCGACAGAUUUUAGCCCAGAAUAAGCUAAAAGCAGUUAAAGACUAUAG